AUGUGUUCGUGCGACGUUAUAGAAGAGGCGCGCAAGAACCUCUGGCCAAAGGACGAGAAAAUUGCCGGUCAGGAAGGUCUGACAAAGUUUUGGAGCGCUGUCACCGCAGAGAUUAGGAAGAACUUACUGGACGGGAAGGCCACUCUGCUGAAGAAUGUGGGCACUUUCUCGGUGUCCAAGUGGCAGAUCGGCAAGAACACGUUCGAGAGCUCGCCGGCGUUCACGCUGUACGGCCGCGCGCUGCAGAAGUUCGGCGUCCGCGCCGAGAAGAAGUGGUGCCCGAAGUCUGCGCCGCGGCUGAUGACCGCCGCCACAAUGGCGAGCGCGAGCGAGCGCGGCCUGCGGGGGGCGGACGCGUGCCUGGGGGCGGUGCAGCGGGCGCUCGACCGCCGCCUCGCCGCCGGCAGCGCCUCGCUAGUCUUCCCCGGCCUGGGCACACUGCUGGUGGCGCGCGGCGCCGCCCGCAUGGUCUUCACCAGGCAGUUCCUCGAGGAGUUCCGCAGGCGCGAGAGGGAGAAUCUGCGCAGACUGCGGCCGCCGUCCCCGCAGCCGAAGCCGCCGCCGCCACCGCAGCCGCCGGAGAAGCGUCCCAAGGUGGAGGCGGCCCCGCGCGACAAACCUCAGCAGCCGGCGUUCGUCAGCUGCGAGUGCUCCGACCGGCCGCCUUCCACUCACGACCUGAAGCCGCUCGGAAUCCCCAAACAGCAACUGCCGCACAGUGGUCGUCCACCUCCCGACGAUGAAGCAAAAUCAGAGCGCCUUGAGACUAGGCAGACCGAAUCGCCCCCUCCGCACCAGAAACCACCAUCAGUGCCUGCAUCCACGGCUGGUACGCCGCGAGCACCAGAGACUGCUCGAAGCCAAAAAUCUUCCAGCCGUCUUAGCCGCAGGUCUUCCGGUCACAAGCCACAGGGUCCGCCACCGGUGCCUGAAGAAGUCACGGAGGUGGAGUGCGUGGUGCAUCUGCCGCCGCCCCCACCGCCGGGCGUGGACCCACGCCUGUGCUACGUGUGCCAGCUCAAGAAGCUGAGGGAGGAACGCGCCGCGUCAGCACCCAGGGAGCCGCCGGAGGUCACAGCCGCCAAGGAGCGGGUGAUAAACCUGGAUAUUAUGAGGGUCGACGCAGGAGGCGCAAUAGAUGCUAUGAAAGAGGCGGACGCGCGUCGGUCAAGAAAUAUAGAAUUCGCUCUCUACAACAAACAUAUCGGCGAGCAACGGCGCAUGGACAUGAUGGAAGAAAAGCAGAGGAAUUUAAACGCGCCGCCUAUGUCGGAUGUGCUUUAUCAGCGGCCCACGUCACCACGCGAGAAUGACGCGUACUACGUGGAGAUACGGGAGAUGGCGAGGAAAAAACGCGAAUCGGAUCAGAAACAAGCGGAAAAGCAGCACAAGGAAGACUGCGAAACGUUGAGAAAUCUCAUACGAGCCGCUGAGGAAGCCAGGUGGAACGAAGCGAGAGAGCGGAAGGCGGCGAUGGACACCCAGCGAGGUGACCUCAUGGUACAGUGGGCGGAAAAGCGAGAAAGGGACAGCAGGGAGCACAAGGUGGUGGACAAGGCGCUGCCCGACCUGAUGGGGCUGCCGUCGGACGAGCAGGCGUUCCGGGACAGGCGGCGCCAGGCGCUGGAGCUGGCGGACUUCAACCGCGGGCAGAAGGACGAGAAGCUGGGCCGCGACCGGAGCUGGCGCGAGGACAAGCUGGCCUGGGAGCGGCGCUGGCUGGACACGCUGGAGCGCGAGGCGCAGGCCGAGCGGCGGCGGCGCGCCGUGCUGCAGCACGCGGCGCAGGGCGGCCUGGUGUGCACGUGGCGCGACCAGGCCGCCGGCAAGGGCCGCCGCGACGCCGACGAGCGCGCCUUCCUGUCGCGCCCGGCCGGCUUCGUCAUCACCGACAUCUGCCCGCGCUGCGAGCGCUGCUUCCGCCGCCUCGGCUACCCCUCCGAGAGCAUCAAGAAGUGA